GAUACUCCAAUGUUACACUAUUUUAUCACAGGAAAAGAAGGCUGCUUCUAUGGUGCACAUUGCACAUGUACAACAUGUGGUCCAUACUCCUUAUUGGAUCAGUAUUAUUCACCAUUGGAAUCGUCUAAUUAGUACAUAAAUACCAUAUAAAUACCAUGUACCCACCACAUACAAUCAUUUUCCUAAGCUCCACCGAGGGCCCUAGUGCAACCAGAACAUUCAUAUUUACCCCUAAAUUUUUAGCAAAGAUUAAUAUUAGAUUUGUCCUUUUCUCUCUCCACCGCGAAUCUCUCCCCCCGCCACCACACUUCUCCAAUAAUCUUCUCUGGCGACCUUCCUCCUCCUCUCCACGACAACUUUUUGUCAUUUGCUCCGCCCUCAGCCCCACCAUCAACCCUUCUCCGUCGUGGAUUACCUUGCAACUGCGGUUUUUCUCUCCUUGUACUGUAUGGCCCCUUCUUUCUCCGACGAAUUUCCCGGCGACAUUCUUCCUCUCCUUAAUCUCCACAAUGCAUGUACAAAAAAUGAUGAAACCUGGUGGAUUUAUGGCAAAGAUUCACAUAUCUAUAGUGGUCGGAGAUGAUGAAGAUUCACAGGAAAAAGUCAAAAGAAGAAGGAACUGUUUGUGCAAACAGGGGUGGGAGAAUUGGAAAAGUUUAAUCCUGUGUGGAAAGUACAUAAUAGAUUCAGUGGAUUUGUUUUGAUCCAAGGGUAAAUAAUGGUGGUCCACUGUGAACCAUAUGUUAUACUUGUCCUUGUCCACCUAGAAAACCUAGGAACAGGGCUUGUUCAAUUUUAUUUUAUUUUGUUAUUAUAUUAAGGUAAACAAUGUAGAACUAAAAUACUUAAUAGUUUGUUAUAAAAUAUUAUUUAGGUAUAAGUCAACCUAUCGGAAAAUAAUUUAUUCCUUUUGACGUAAAAUAUUCAUACUUAUAUAUUUUUCUUUAUUCAUACAAAAAUCUUUUGACAAGUUUUUUAUCAGCAAUUUUAAAUCGUUUCCAAAUGAUACUUUUUUUCGAUAUAAUUUGAAUAAUACUUUUUAUAGUUCAAUUUUGUAAUAAUAAAAACAUAUUAAAGAUUCUAUAUUUUUUUAGUAUAAUUACUAUAUAAAUCAAAUAUUUUAAAACAUCCUGUGAUUGAGAUUCGCUCUCACUUGUAAAUAAAUUAAAUCUUAAUUUAAAUAAACUUAGGAAGUUCAAGAUUAAUUUAUUUAUAAUUUAUUCAUGACAUAAUCUUAAUCUUUCGGCGUGUUUAUGUGACUGUGGAUCCAAAGUACUGGGUCCUACGGAAAUUAUCAAUCUUUCUUGACAAGGUGUUUCAUGAAACA